UAUGUGUUAUUUACUGUUAAACUGCUCCUCGUAGUGAACGCGCAGCUCGCGCCGGGUACAGAACAGAGUGUGACUGUUUUUUUCCCAGCGCUUCAGAGGAGACUCACUGACUGACUCGCUGCACAAGUUGAGGAAAAGUAAGAGUUUUUCUUCGCGGCAUUUGAGAAUGGCGAGUCCGCCGCCAACGAGAGGACAGCUGAUUUCAAACAUGACCGUAAAGAAUAAUAACCACGUCAGGAAAUGCGGAUAUCUGAGGAAACAGAAGCACGGACACAAGCGCUUUUUCGUGCUGAGGGAGCCGAGCGAGGGCUCUCCUGCCCGGCUGGAGUAUUACGAGAGCGAGAAGAAAUGGAAAAACAAGUCAGCUGCGAAAAGGGUGAUACCUUUGGACUCCUGCCUGAACAUCAACAAGAGAGCCGAUGCCAAACACAAGCACCUGAUCGCCCUUUACACCAAGGACGAGUAUUUCGCCGUGGCUGCCGAAAACGAGCAGGAGCAGGAGGACUGGUACGCGGUCUUAACGGAUUUAAUGAACGAGGGGAAAGUGAGCGACGGCUCCGCGUCUAAUUCGGCGUCAUCUCUCGUCGGAUUUGAUGAGGCGAAUUACGGCGUGACAGCGCUGCCAGUCACCGCCACUUACAAGGACGUUUGGCAAGUCAAUUUGAAAUCUAAAGGACUCGGACAGAGCCGCAAUUUAACGGGUGUUUAUAGGUUGUGUUUAUCCAGCCGGACCAUCAGCUUCGUGAAACUUAACACAGAGGCGGCGUCGGUUAUUUUGCAGCUCAUGAACAUACGCCGAUGCGGACACUCUGACAGCUUUUUCUUUAUCGAGGUGGGUCGUUCCGCGUCGAUAGGACCCGGCGAGCUGUGGAUGCAGGCGGAUGACUCAGUGGUGGCGCAAAACAUCCACGAGACCAUCCUGGAAGCGAUGAAAGCGAUGAAGGAGAUGUCAGAGUUCCGUCCUCGCAGCAAGAGCCAGUCCUCAGGUACCAACCCCAUCUCCGUUCCCACCAGGCGGCACUUUAACAAUCUUCCGCCGAGUCAGACCGGGCUGCAACGGCGCUCGCGCACCGACAGCAUUGCGGCGUCGUCUCCUGUGAUGAAACUGACAUCCUGUCGGAUACGCACAGCGAGCGAGGGUGAUGGAUCCGUGACAGGCAGCCCCAUCAGUCCUGUAGCUAACCGGACACAUUUGAGCCGCUCUAACACAGUGACAGCUUGCCCGUGUAGAACAUUUGAGAUAACUUCCUUGCAGCACAGCAAAUCCAUAUGCAUGCCUGUGUCUCACUCCCCUUCAUCAGCUGCCAGCCCUGUCAGCAGCGGCAAUAGCUGCAAUAUAGAAAGCACCCCUCGCCCCUCCAGCUGCACAGCCUCAAUUUCGGGCUCACCCAGCGAUGGUGGAUUCGUUUCUUGUGAUGAAUGCAGCUCCAGCCCAGGAGAUAUCCGGCACCUUUUAGCAGCAAACCGAAGCAACACACCUGAGUCCCUCGCUAGCACGCCCCCCUCACAGGAGGGCAGCAACCUGUAUGGAUAUAUGAUCAUGGAGAGGCCAAACAGCUGUGGGUGGCAAAGCAGCCGAGCAACAGCAGAGGAGAGCAUAGGAGAUCUGGAGAAAGCCUACAGGAAGAGGACGCACUCGCUCACCAUGCCUUACCAGAAGAGGGUGCCAUCACAAGUGUCGUCCGCUUCACUGGAUGAGUACACACUUAUGAGAGCCACUUACACAUCUGGAGGCCACUCAGGGCGCAGCUCACACACCGCAUCCCCAAAGGUCACAUACCCUGAGGAUUACGGCGAUGUUGAAAUAGGAUCAUUAUCGAAAAGUCCCAGCAGUAAUCUGGGCGACGAUGGCUACAUGCCAAUGACGCCAGGUGUGGCUCCACAAGGGGGGAAGGCUGAAAACUACAUGCCCAUGAGCCCUAUGUCUGUUUCAGCUCCAAAGCAGAUCAUCAACCCCAGAACACCCCCCCUCACUAUAGCUAACGGUUACCGAACCCUUUCACCCAGAAGCUGUUCUCUGAAUGACAGCGGCUACAUGAAGAUGUUGUGUGGCUCAAAAUUCUCCAUCGACAACUCAGAUGGGAAACUAAUUGGUGGCGAGUAUCUCAACAUGUCUCCUGUAGAUUUGGGCUCUGUCACACCACCAGACUACUACCUGAGCCCUGUAGGUGUGGAACAGUCUUCCUGUUUCAGACACCUGCACUUGUUUAACUCUCUGCCUCGCUGUCACAAGACCCAGCAGACAUUAAAGGAUGCCGACAACGAUCAGUAUGUUGUCAUGAAUCCUCAGAGUCACAGGAUAUUUCAAGAGUCAUUAAUCACAGCAUCUCCCCCAGCCCCAUCUCAUGUACAUCAAAGCCGAACAGAAAGCCUCAUCCACCGGCAUAGAAUCAGCCGGCCCACCCGCCUCUCUCUGGAUACACUCCGCACAUUGCCCAGUAUGAAUGAGCACCCCCUCCCCUCUGAGCCAAAGAGCCCUGGUGAGUACAUAAACAUAGACUUUGGACAUGUUGCUGAGAGCUGCUCUCCACCCUCCACUGCUUCCUCCCAAAGCCAAGCCUCCUCCUUUGGAUCCUCUUGCGGUCAGAGGAGAUCCCCCCUCUCUGAUUACAUGAACAUUGAUGUGAGCUCACAGUCGUCCAGAUCUGGAAAUGUCACCCUAUCUGAGCCUUUAGAGGCACUCCCAGAACUGACAUCCUGCCUUGCCCACCCUCAUGAAGAAGAGAAGGAAGAGGGGUACCACCUUACAGCACAGGUGGCACCAGCGGGCCCAACUGGCAAAGCAAAAGACGAUUAUACUGAGAUGACAUUUGUAGUGCCCGCUUCUCCUCCACUGCAUGUGUCUCAGCCUUUGGAAAGUGGGCAGACCAUUAGCCCAUCCUCCUGUGUGCAAAGACUGACUGUGGAUGAGAGUGUGGAUGUGCCAGCGGUCGAAACUAAUCUGAUAAGGGGUACCACUCUGGCCUUGGUGGACCCUGACCGGUGCGCCAAGGUGAUUCGUGCAGACCCCCAGGGACGCAGACGGCACAGUUCAGAAACAUUCUCCUCCACCACCAACGUCACACCUGUUUUUCCAUCCUUUGCUCACGACACCAGGCGGCACGGUUCGGCCUCUGUGGAGAAUGUGUCUGUGGUGAGGAACAGCGAAGUGUCAGACGAAGAGUACAACAGUCCCAUGUGUAGGGAGACGUUGGCUGGCUUUCAGAAUGGACUUAACUACAUUGCCUUAAACUUGAUGGAUGAGGGACUUGCCAGCUGUGAUUCUCUUGUCAGAUUCAAAGCUGCCAGCAGCUGUAAAGAGGGCAUCAAUGGAAUACAUGCCAGUCUGUAUGCCAUUCUUGGUUUCAAGGAGACGGCAACAACAGUAAAAGACUAAACAGAGCCAGUCUCCUCAACCCUUCUAUCGCUCUGUUUGCAUCGACAGGAAGAGAGGAGGUGAUUAUGUGGACAGAUGGACCACAUUGCUGCUGCUUCAGCCGUCGGCUGAUUUUGGACCCCCCCCCAAAGAAUGGCCGUCGUCAUGGCAAGAUGUACACUUAACCCCAGUGCAAGGCGUGAUGUAAUGUCUCAGACUCAAAGAAGCAGAGUCUGGACUUCCUGUCCAUUUGUUACUCACCACAAUCUCUUCCCUCUGGACGCUGAAUUUUUGUGUUAUGGUCCUUUUCACUGGUUUUGUGAAGAGCUCUGGACUUGUAGUGGCCAGUGUCCCUCAACCCUCAAAACCUGUGAACCAAACCUGGAGAGAAACAUCUGAUCCACACACACACACACACACACACACACACACACACACACACACACACACACACACACACACACACACCUGUUGUCACCUUAUUUAUUUACCUGUCUGCAUAGGUGUGUUUGUGUUUGUGUGUGUGCAUGCAUGGGUGGUUGCAACACUGCACAGAGGUGACAUUUCGGAAAUUUGCUCAACAAUUAGGAAUCAAAAUAACCAGUCACUUGAAAACCCUACCUCAGAAUGAGCCAGGUUAUGACUUACAAAAAUAUAUAUAUUGAGAAAUUAAUUUAUUUUUACAAGUGAAUGUUUUCUUAAACACCAAUCCAAAGCCUUACUGACUACACUGUCAAACAGUGUUUUCUCAGAGGACAUGCGUUAUGGACUUGUAUACACUUAACAGAGUACCAGAGAGAACUGUUUGCCAUGGUAACUGAAUGUCUUGUACUGCAGCAGAAGAAGGUCUUGCCUACCACAUGUCGUGGCUUCCCCUGCAAUCAAAGAUCUCAUAUAUUAUGACUUUUAUUGUUAUUUUGCAUUCUACACAGAUAUUUAAAUGAUUUUAAUAUAAUAAUAUUUAUCUGAGCUGGUAAAGACCCGGAUGGGCGGCCAGCCGCUGUCCCACACAGCUACGCAUAUGCAAAGCAGGCUUCCAGAGUAGAGGAGUUAUCAAUUUGGAAGGAAUCCACAUGCGCUUAACACCCAAAACCCAUACGUUACAUGAUGUCGUGCGCCUCAGGUAAGAUAGAGGAGCACCUCACCAAGUCUAGGCACGCUAGCACUCUUUAACCCACUGUCUUUAACCUUAAAGUGUUAGUUCACGCAAAAAUGCAAAUUGUGUCAUCAUUUUAUCACUCUCAUGUUUCCUAAACCUGUAUGUCUUUUCUCUUUUCCGUGGAAUAUAAAAUUAGAAAGAAAUAAAGUCAUACGAGUUGGAAACAACAUAAUGAUGAGUAAAGUAAUUUUUGGGUGAACUAUCCCUUAAACAUCCCAAAAGCCUCUGCUGACUUGACCUCUUUCACUAUUAAUAUCCCACUCUGAAAACAGCCUUUCCUUUUGCCUUACAUGUGCACCCAUCGGCGUGGUGUUUAAUUCAGCAGCUGCUCCACCGAUUAGCUGAUCGGUGAGUGGGCGAUGAGUGAGAGUUAUAGAUUUUACAAUGGGAGAACGGGGCGUUGUUCCUGGCAGGCUACUCUGCCUUACAGGCUCCAUAUGGUUAGGAUUUUAGUGGGGGGUGGAGUAAGGGUAUCUGCUGCCUGCCAGGAACAAACUGUGGCCCCUUUGUACAAUGGGUGAUAGAUUUCAGGGAUGUCUCGGAAGGCUUGACACUAUUACUGCUGCUCCCUACUGUCAGACAGGGAUAGACUCGUCAGAACCAAUGCUUUGUCUUGCACUUACAAACUCCCAGAUUGUAACACAAGACACUUUUGAAUGUAGAGUAUUCUGGAUAUCUCCGCAGGAGACUAUGGGCGCACCUAAACAUCCACAAACACAGUGAUGUUGACAGAUUAACUAAAGCAAGUGAAACGAGUACAAAACACAACUUGCCUCAAGUAUUUGAAAAAUAUUUGCCUAGAAAAGUGUAAAUAAUGUAUAAAGAUAUUGCAACUGAUGUUUUUAAGUUAAAUAUGAUAACUUAUGUCUUUUUGUAUAUAUUUACUGUAUGUUUGAAUGAAUUUCCCCCAAACAACUGAAGCACUAAUGAAGGUACUUGCCAAAGGCUGUACUUUGGCUUGCGGUUUUCUUUUGUAAUUCUUAAGUAUGUUUGUAAAAGUAUUUACACUGUACAAUAAAUGCCACUUCGAGGAUGUUUGAUAAUGCUAUGAUAUAAAAUAAUAAUAAUAAAAAAAUAAAUAAAUUUAUUGAAUAAUACUUUAUAUUACAAAAGUAAAAUUUGCUACAUAGGUACGAUUUCACAAACGGCAUAUGCAAUAUUUACAUUUUUUUAAAGAUUAGUUUACAGUAAGGAACCAAAUGUAUAAAUACUCUGUUAAUAUAUUUAAAACCUUAAGAAAGUUUUUGCUGUACACCUUUUUUUUCUGCCAACUUUAAAUGGAAAAUGUUUUGUUUUUUGCUAUUGAACCCUAACAGUAAUUUCAGCAGUGUUCGCGGAUGUUGUUUUUCAGUAUGGAAAGGUUGGAUAUUUCAAUGCCUGACUGAGUUUUUCCUGUGUCUUCCAUUGUAAAUACUUCAUAUUCUUUGCAUUGUGAUGCUACUUUAAAAAGAUAAUUUAAAUGGUGUAAUUAGCAUUGCUUUAUAAACUGUAUUGAUUCUGAAUAGCCACAUGCAAUAAAAAGUAACAUUAUUUA